AUGUUUCACACCUCGAGCAGUACCGAAAAUCAUAAUGAGAUUUGCACCCAGGGCGGGAGGAGGGUGGAGUCUGCGAAGAUCAAGGAGGCUGAGAUCGUCGAGGCCAAUGUCGACGGAUAUAUGCUCAAGAAGAUUUUCCAAAAUUGGGGGUGGGUUCUCUGGAAGCGGUGGGGAUAUGUUUUUGGGAUUCUUCUGGCUGCCCUUCAGUUUCUUCCCCGAUAUGGAUUUCAGGGCUGGAGGACGGGCUUGAGCGGUGGACCUCGAACCACCAGCCAGAGGCGUUAUCGCUACAUCGGAAAGGGAGAUAAACGACCGAAUGAGAUUACUUCGGCAAGCACGGCAUUGGAUGCCUCUUAG